AUGACAAGUCCUGUUCACAACCACAACCAUACUAUCCGAGAACAACUCCCAAAAAGACCCACAAGCAGCGCAACGAACCUCCCCACAACCUGUUCCCCAGCGAAUGACUGCUUCCAGCGUGACGAGCAGCUGGCUAAGCGUUACGCCGAUAACAGUCCCGAGGUCGUGAAUCCUUGUGUCGUAGCACUGAUAUUAUACCACGGUUCGUUAGCCAUGACAAUGAGUGCGUGGGCGUGUAUACCAGCAGGGAGCGCGGCAUUAUCACCGCCUGAAAAUCGCUUUACUCUAGGCUCAAGUGACCGUAACCUCAGCUGGUACGCUCAGGACUUCGGACAGCGGAUACAUGCAGAUCUCGCUGCCUCCACUCACAACCCAGAAUAUUUUCCCGCUAACAAAAUGUUCCAGUUGGCCGUUAUCGAGCCACAGUUCCAUGGGGUCAGCCCCCUAUUAAGAUAACCGAAACGGACAGUGUAUUAAUGUAUGCAUAAGUCUUUCAGCCUUCUCGCUGUUGUGUAUAGAUACUUCGAGACUGGAAAAGACGUCGCACGAUGAUGACCAAGUUCUAG